AUGGAGGCUAUCUUAUCUUCCAACUUCAGAGAUUUUGGAAUGGGGCCUCGGCGGGAGAUCACAUUUCCCAUGUUUGGGGAUGGGAUAUUCAACCAGGACGGACAUGAGUGGAAGCAAUCACGAGAGCUGCUUCGACCACAGUUCCACUUCAAGGAGUAUGCGGACUUGGGAAUGUUCAGUGACGCUUGCGACAAUCUCUUGGACAACAUACCAGCUUCCAGUAGGGUUGUGGAUCUUCAGCCCCUUUUCUUUCGCCUCACUCUAGACGUCACAACAGCAUUCUUAUUCGGGGAGUCAAUAGAAAGUCUCAAGGCCCCAGAAAAUACCGGAAAGCAGACAUUUGCGGAGGCCUUCAACGUAGCACAAGAAUACAUUGCCAAGCGAUUUCGACUUCUUGAUCUGUAUUGGCUAGUUGGAGGGAAGGAAUUCCGAGACGCGUGCGAGAAAGUGCGCUUUUUGGCAGACCAGAUCAUUGAUCGCAAUCUCUCACAUGAGAUGACAGAAGAUGAAGGGAGGAAAUAUGUUUUCCUGCGGGCAAUGGCCAAGAAAUCUCCAGAUCGGAACGCGCUGAGAAGUCAAAUAAUCAAUAUCCUAACUGCGGGUAGAGAUACGACAGCUUGUCUUCUCUCUUGGACCUUCUUCCUACUUAUCAGACAUCCACAAGUCCUCGAAAAGCUCCGGGUUGAGAUUUCUGAACUCAACGGCAACACAGAUUUGACCCGAACUGACCUUCGAAAUGUGAAGUAUCUUCAGCAUGUACUCAAAGAAACCCUUCGACUUUAUCCUCCCGUGCCUGUCAAUGCACGAACUGCUCUGUGCACCACUGUCCUUCCAACUGGCGGUGGACCAGAUCGCACAUCUCCAGUUCUCAUUCCUAAAGGCAGCUCUGUCGCAUACAGUGUAUACACAAUGCAUCGACUGCCCGAUCUAUAUGGCAUGGACGCUGAGCUCUUCCGUCCCGAAAGAUGGGACGAGCCGAUGGGGUUGAGCCAGAACGAGACGAAUUCGAAAUGGGGAUAUUUGCCUUUCAAUGGUGGGCCACGGAUAUGUCUCGGAAUGGACUUUGCGCUCACUGAAGCGGCGUACACGGUUGUAAGGAUUAUACAGAAGUUUCCAACGAUUAAAUUGCCUGGGGGUGAGCUUGUAGAGCUAGUAGGAGUUGAAAAGCAGCGAAUUACGAUGGUAAUGUCCAUAACAGGCGGGUGUAAUGUUGAGCUGCGACAGUAG